UGGUGUUUGCGUCACACAUAAAAAAAAAAACUGCAGAAAAAAAGCGGAUGUUGAUGGAUUAUUUCAAAGUGUCGGCGCUAAUGUUACUUUUCCAUCAAUUUCACGUCGUUGAACCGAGGAACUUUUAUUAUUUCGACUAACAGAACCAGUCUCUCAAUGUUAUCCAGCUAUUACCGACAAGAUGGGUCGAAUUAUUGACGGUAUAAGGCUAGCAAGGAAUUAGCUAGGGGAUACAGUUUCCAUGGUGUUGAAACUUUACGUAGAACAACAUUAAAGACCGGUUAUUUUGUAUAGUUUAGCUUGCAAAUAUUUAUAUAAAUGGCUUCAUUACUAAAGUGACUACAGAUGUUAUCGGGGUUUCAGCCUCCCGAGCCCCAGAAUUUGGGGCUUUUCAGCAAAAAUGGCUGUCACGUUUUACAUUUUGAAUCUCUACUGAAGCAUAGAAAACUAACACAAGCAGCAGCAGGAACAACUGAGACUCAUGAAACGUCUCCUCGGCCGAGAUUCAACAGCCUGACACUGGAUGAACUUAGUGAGGAGCUUGACAGACGAACCAAGGAAACCCAAAGACUUCAAGAAGAGGUGGAAAAUGCAACCAAAGUGACCUUGGAGAGGUUUGGCUACACGUAUGGUAUCGGUAGCCCACCUGGACAAAGCUGCCACAACCACAGGUUUAAUGUCGAGGACUCACCUGGGGAUUCCACUAUCCUUCCAGCCCACCAUCAGGCAGUGGCUAAGCCUCUGGUCUGUGGCAUGGAUAGUUUAAACCAGGAGGUGGCUCAAAGUCAAAUCAGCUCUCCUGGAAAGGAGGUGUUGGAAUAUGCAAUAGAUGACUGUCUUCAACAGCUGUCUGACUUGCAGCUCAGCAAGACACUUGAUCAACCUGAACAAGAGACAUUCACUUUUGACAAAGCCAUUGUGGACCUGCAAACUAAGCUGCAUAAAGUCCAAAUGGAGAAGGACGUCCUUUCUGACCUAAGACUGAAGGAUUCGAGGAAACAUGUUGUUCAGAUGGAAAAGAUGCUCUGCAUGUUGGAAGAGCUCCAAAACAUCAAAAGGGCCGCGGACCAGAAGCUGCAGGAGACGGAGGAUGAGGCUUUGGCACUUAACAGGAAAGUAGAGACACUGGAACAGAUUAUGAAGGAGACGUACUCUUCACUGUUAUCUCACGAGAAACAGUGUGGAAACAGCUCCAUCACCAGUCCUAACGUCACAAAUACUUCAAGACAGCAAUCCUCAGCUGCUGAGUUAACUGAGGAUUUUAACAAUGAGACAGAACAGCUACAGAAGAGACUUGUUUUGUCAAUAGAAAAUCUGGGGAGUGAAGAAUCCAGUGGAGUAAAAAAACAAAAACAAAGAAUGGAAGUCCUGAUUUCAAGUCUUUGCCAGGAGAUGGCACUGUUGACUGACAAACUGAGCUCCUCAAACUACAACAGUGCCAGUUUAAGUGUCAAGUUGGAGCUGCUAAAGAAACUUGCAGAGAGACAGACAUCAGUGCACCAGUGUCAGGUCAGUGAACUUGAGUCAACCCUCUCCAGCCAUAAAGAUAAGGUUUAUUGUCUAGGGCAGCAGCUCCUUCAGGUUCAGUCUGAGCUGGUGGAUUCCCAAAGAGAGAGAGAGCGAUCUUUACAACAGGCAGAGGAGCUUCAGUCCCAGCUUUACCAACUUAAGAGGUGUGGUGAGCAGCAGCAUUGUGAGCUCCAGGUGGAGGUAAAAGCCCUGAGAGGAGGGCUGGAGGAGGCCAGGGAGCAGCUUCGCAGAGAUGGGGAGGAGAAAAAUUGCCUAAAGACUCUGCUGGAUCACACGGCCCAGGAGGGGAGGAAAUCCCAGGAACUCUUGCGGGAGAAAGGCAAGGAACUCCAACUCAGGGAGCAAGAGGCCCAGCAGCAUCUUUCCUGGUUGGAAGAAGCUCAGAGCCGGUGCCAGACCCUUAAUGUAGAAGGAGAGACGCUGAGGCUGAAGCUGGAUGACCGCGAGAAGCUGAUAGAUAUUCUGAGGGUGCAGAUGGAGAGCAGCGUCCAGAAGACAGUGCAGCACAGCCGCACCAUCGACAACCUUCACCAAGAGAACGGCCUCCUCAGUAACCAGCUAAACCAGCAGAAGCUGGAGAUUCAGCAGCUCAAGGCUGAGUUAGUUAAGUACAAGUCCGACCUGGCCAUUGCAGAGCACGAGAGGCAGCAGCUACAGGCGUCUCUGGCUGACCAAAGUCAGCGUGUCCAGGAGGAAACUCUGGAGAAACAGCACCUCACCACCCAGCUGGAGAUCCAGCGAAUGCAGUUACUCACCCUCACUAAGGAGCACGAGGACCUGCAACGGCUCCACAGCUGUAAGAACGAAGAGCAGGAGGGUGUGGUGCUGAGGCUUCAGAGUCAGCUCAGGAACGCCCACGACGAGCUGGACCAGGUCAGGAGCACCCUGAGGACCCUGGAAGGAGCCGAUGGACACGGCCUCCAAGUAGCCAUGGAUAUGCAGAAGGAGAUCACUGGCAGAAGAGAGCAGGUCGACUCUCUGCAGGGCAAAAUCCAACACCUGGAGGAGACUGUGGAGAAGCUGUACCAGGAGAAGCGCUACAGGAGCCUGGAGAACCAGCGGCAGCUCCAGGAGCUCACCUUCGUCAGGGAGGAGAAGAAACAACUUGCCGAUGAGCUGGAGGCCCUUCACUCCAAAGACCAACAAUUAAGGGACCGGAUCGGUCAGCUGGAGGCAAUCCUUCACAAGAUGUCAGAGAGCUUUGCAGACUGUCAAGAUUUCAUCCAGCUGCAGGAGCAGGAGUUUUAUCGUCUGAAACUCCAACAUGCCCUCGACCUGAAGGAAUUCCACGGUCAAAAUCUGCACACAGCUGUGAAUGUGCCUCCACCAAACCUGGACUCCCUGACCCCGUCAGCAGUCACUGCUCCACCCUCCUCCCAGUACUCCUCCAACACACAGAUCAAGUCAAAGAGGCAGCAGGAGAGCUCCGCCUGGGAGCUCAGGUCUCUCGUCAAAGAGCUGCGAGGAGUGAUUUCGGAGAACCACAGACCACACAGCGAUAACAGCGCUGCUGGCAGCAGCUUCCACAGGAGGAGGUCUGCACCAGAGAGAGUGCACAGGACCACAUUCAGUACGGACAAUGCCCAAGAAGUUAAAGCGGGCUCCAGAUUGAGAAGAAAAACCUGCAGCAGUGAGCCGCAUUUCCAGAUGACAGCUGAGCUGAACGGGAAAAUAAUCGACAACAAAUCCUUCAGUGAGAAUAUUAUGACUUAUCCAGGCCGUUUUGUACCGAGUCCAGCGGCUGCAGUGAGGUACACAUCCUCCCCACAGCUCCUCACAUUGGGCCGCAGGUCACCCGUCCACUUCCUCCUCACCUCUGACCCAAACAGCUAACACUGACAGGACACGACACAGAAGACCUGAGGCUGGCUCCUCGUUUCAACAGAAAGAUCAUUUUUUGAAAGGCUCACCAGAUGAAGUUGGAUGUCAAAAGAAGGUUUUAUAAAAGUCCCUAAUUAGGUGAAUUUUUUACUUUAUCGUUUUAAAUAAAGUAUUUUAUAAAAAAUGAAGUGUUUGAUAAGCCAGGAAUGUUGUCAAAUAAAAUUUUAAAAAUCUG